AUGAGAGCGGUGUCGACUGUACGCGAAGGCAAGGGAUUUCGAUCCGCUUGGGAUGAAAUGACCAUCCUCGAUAUGGUUUCUUUGAAGUUCAAUCACAGUUUUUCAGAGUUGAGCAAAUGCGCUCCGCCUCGAGUAUAAGAGUGUAGAAGAUAUUGACCUUUUUUCGAUUUGAGUGCAAUUGCGAGACUUGAUGUGAUAGAAAAGUUUUUGAGGUACUAAGCGUGAAUAAUUUCUCAGAUCAUCGUGUACGCUGGGCGCGGGUUGGGCCGUGAUAGUGAUAGCUUUCGUCACGUAUAACUAUGUCGUGAGUGAGUCGAUCUACUGCAAAACAACGAAUUUAGGCGAUUCCGACACCGGAAGCCGCCGUCUCCUUCGACGAAGAAAUCGACAACAAAAAAUCGGUUCGUGAGCCCUUCAUUCACAUCAGAUAUGGACGAUGAGUCGCACGUAGAAUGGCAAGAAGUGAAACCGACUUGAUGCUCAUCAGCUCGCUUCGGCUCUUCCUUGUUUUCAUCGGAACGGCCUGAACGAUUUAGCGUCAAGCCAUUCCGCGUGCGACCAUGAGUUUUGGAUUUUGAAUUAAUGAUUCGGGUAUGUUUGAAUCUGUACAAUUUUCAUUCUUCCAGGCGCCAGAAACUGCGACAAACCGCGGCUCCAAUUCGGCCAAACAGAGCCGUUCUUCUAUUGUCUGA